UGUUCCUGAGCAGACAGAGACAAUACAGAGCAUGGCAGCAAUAUGCUCAGAUGGAUCUGCCUCCUGAGAAGGCAAGGCUCCUUCGUCAGUAUGACGACGACAAGAAAUGGGAUCUUAUAUGCGACCAGGAAAAAGUCUCUGCGAAGGAUCCGCCACACACGUACAUCUUACGAAUCAAACGGGUGAUGGAACCGGGGAACACAUCAAAGCGCCAAAGAAAGAAGAUAUUUGACACGUCCACGCAGAACUUACGAGACUUGGAAAUAUCACUACGAACAAAUAGUAUACAAUGGGUACGGGAGUUCCUGAACGAGGAGAAUAAAGGCCUUGACGUACUUGUGGAAUACCUCCAAUGGCUCAACAAGGCCAUGACGUUUGAGGAGCAGCUGGAGACCCUCCCCAAGCCCACCACAUCACGCAGCAUGCGGACUACCAGGCGUAGCUCCAAGCCCGGCGGAUCCCCCAACCACCUGGCCAUCACGCGAGACGACGUCCACGUCUGUAUCAUGUGCUGCAGGGCCAUCAUGAAUUUUCAGUACGGCUUCAACCUUGUGAUUAACCACAACGAGUGCAUCAAUGCAAUAGCACUCAGUCUCAACCACAAGAGCCCAAGAACCAAAGCCUUAGUCUUGGAGCUUUUGGCAGCGGUCUGCCUGGUCAAGGGAGGACACGAGAUAAUCCUGGGUGCCUUCGACAACUUCAAAUUGGAGUGUAGCGAGCGGUAUAGGUUUGAGAACCUGUUUCAGUACUUCCAGAAAUACGAAGACACGAAUAUCGACUUCAUGGUGGCGUGCAUGCAGUUCAUCAACAUCGUUGUACAUUCAGUGGAGGAGAUGAACUUCCGAUCGUAUCUUCAGUUUGAGUUCACCAAGCUGGGACUGGACCGGUACUUGGAGAAACUGAAGAACACGGAGAGUGACCGCCUCCACACCCAGAUCCAGGCCUACCUGGAUAACAUGUUUGACGUCGGCCAGCUGAUGGAGGACUCGGACACUAAGAACCUAGCACUCGAGAGAGUGGGACAGCUAGAAGAGAACCUCUACCAGACGAACGAGCAGCUACGACAACAAGAAGACGCGUCUCUCUCCAGAAUAGCUGAGUUGCAGCUGGAGCUUGCCUCGACCAGUAAAGACCUGGAAUCGCUCAAGACCCAGAAGAGAGAAGCCGAUGUCACGAUCGAGACGUUAAAACGGACGUCGAUAGCCCGAGGGCCGGGGAGCGGUGGCGGGGGCGGGACCGGGGGCGGUGGCCCUGGGGGAGGCGGCCCUGGGGGAGGUGGUGGCCCUGGCGGAGGUGGACCUGGCGGGCCUGGUGGUGGCGGACCUGGUGGCGGAGGAGGCUUCGGACCCGGUGACGGACCCGGUGGGGGAUUCCCCCCACCCCCAGAUGACCGUAAUGUGUUGAACUGUUACCAAAUUCCUCCCCCUCCCAGUGCAGUUCCCCCACCCCCUCCCCCACCCCCAAUGUUUGGUGUGCCCCCACCCCCACCCCCUCCUGGAGCACCCCCACCUCCUGGUGGUAUCUUCGGAGCGGCACCCGAUGGCUCUGUGACCAUAAAAGGCAAGAUCCGAACCAAAUAUCGUCUCCCGCUCCUCAACUGGGUCGCCUUCAAGCCCAACCAGAUCGGGGGCACGGUCUUCAGUGAACUCGACGACACCAAAGUCAUGAAGGACAUCAACUUUGAGAAUUUCGAAGAGAUGUUCAAGACUCAGAACCAGUCCGCUGGCAACUUCACAGCCAAGGACGGGCCCAAGAAGUCCCCCUCCAAGAAGAAGCAACAGUCUCUCUUGGAUCCCAACAGACUGCAGAACAUCUCCAUCAUGAGGCGCAAGAUUGAGCUGACUGUCAAGCAGAUCGUAGAGGCUAUCAAAAAGUUGGAUCUGAACCUGUUGGAACUGGACACCGUAGAGCAACUCCAGCGAUUCUUGCCCAAUGACGGCGAGGUCAAAGUCUUCAAACAGUACGAAAAAGACAAGAAACCUAUCGAGCAACUGACAGAAGAAGAUAGGCUGAUGAUCAGCUUGUCCAAAGUGGAGAGACUGUCCGACCGUCUUGCCAUCAUGAGUUUCAUGGGCAACUUUGACGACACGAUUAAGGCCAUCAAACCACAACUGAAUGCCAUAACGUCGGCCUCACUCACUAUCAAGACCUCCGCCCGGCUCAAGAAGAUCUUGGAGAUUGUCUUAGCGUUUGGCAACUACUUGAACAGCGCUAAGCGAGGAGCAGCCUAUGGGUUCAAGCUGCAGAGUCUGGACACGUUACUGGAUACCAAGUCCACUGACCGGUCUAUGACCCUACUGCACUACAUCGUGGAGACGGUUCAUCAAAAGUUCCCCGGUACGUCAGAUUUUUGCUUGGAUCUACAGUACGUUGAAAAGGCAGCUGCAGUUUCGUUGGAGAACCUGGUGAUAGAUAUCAGGCAGUUGACGUCGGGCAUCCAGCUCAGCAAGCGAGAGUUUGCCCAGCAGCACGACAACUCGAUCCUGAGAGAUUUCCUCCUGGCAAAUGAAGACAAAGUCAAGAAGGUCGACAGCGACAUGAAGAAAGCAGAGGAGGCCUACAAUGAAGCGGUCGGUUACUACGGCGAAAACCCCAAGAUGUGCCCGCCCAGCACGUUCUUCUCCCUCUUCCAGCGUUUUGUCAACGCUUACAAGAAAGCAGAAGCAGAUAACGAGCAUCGGAAAAAGCAAAAGGAGGCUGCUUUGGAGACAGCCGCAAACAUUGAGGCGGCCAAGAAGUCUCGCAAGCAGAAAGAUCAGAAAAAGGUCAAUCAGGACGCCAUGGUGCUUGAGCUGCAGAAGAAACACAGGAACCACCAGGACAAGAGGCGAGAAGCUUCAGACGGAGCCAUAGAAAAUAUCAUCUCAGAUUUGAAAAAUGAGCCUUACAGAAGGGCGGACGGGAUCCGACGCAGUCUGCGGCGGAAGCAGCAGGAAACCUACGGCCUACAAUCCUCUCCAAUGAAAUGGUCAUCUGAAUCAGCUUUGGCAUGAAGAGGUCCAAGAUGAAAUACCCCGGGCAGAAAUAGGUCGAGAUCCCCUCCCACCCCCCCCCACCCACCCCCCCACCCCCCCACCCCCACUUGCCACAAAGUUUCCUAUAUUAUCUGUCCCAGAUGACUUGAUGGGUGUAGUGCAUUGAACUGGACCGCUUCAAGUUCCAUUUGUAAAUAUGAGGGGCUCCCCUGAUCUUUUUGUAAUAAUUACGAGAACUGACUCUGUGAUAUUUAAACAAAACAAGGAGGAUUUACUUCAUCCAAGAAUGUGAAUAGGUGGAGCUCCCCUCGCAUCAAAGUGCCAUAUUAAAAGAAAGUGAAUUGUUACUUUUUUUGUAAAUAGUAAUUGUUCAUUACUUUUUUAUAGUUUAAGACUUGAAAGGAUUGAGCUUCCCCUGUGAGGGGUGCUACCCCUAAAACCAAUUAUAAAGAGGCAUUUAAAUAAUCAACACAGCAAAACGGAAUGGUAUUUACUCUGAAGCUCGCCCAAGAAAGAAUAGGACAGGCACCCCAUUUAAAAUGUUAUGAUUUUUUGUAGCUCAUUUGUUAUGCAGAUGUAAUUUUUAAAAAGGCUUUGAUGAACUUAAAAUGCUUUUCCGUUCACAGAUUUUUGAAGUCUUUGCCAAAAAUAUGCCAGUUUUUGUAAGAAAAAAAGAUCUUUUGAAAUAUUCAGAUAGUAUUUGCUCUUAAUAGACUUCUGUGUAAGGACGGGAAAUCAGAUUUUGACAAGACGCAAGUGCCAGGAAACAUCCACCUUUUGCAUUUUUAUUUUCUCCUUGGAUGUUAAGUAUCCCUUUCACCCAAAAGUUUUUGGAUUUCUAUAUUUCUUCUUCGAAGUACCACUUAAAAUUUCUUGACAUUUGUGAUCUACUGGUUAAAAUACCAAACCACAGUGGUUUUCUGUGAUAGUCUUCAAUCUCUGGAGAGAACUUACUUGAGAAAACCCUGUUGAAAAAUAAAAUAUGAUAAUGAUGCCAAAAAUCCCCCAAAAUUUUCAAAACAGUUGAACUACAAUAAAGUGCCUGUUAUGUCGUAACAUUUUUACCCACGAAGUUGAACCUUCUAACGACAUUAUUGCAAAUACAAGUUCAAGUGAAAAACAAAUUGCAUUGAAAUUGUUUAUGUACGUUUAUCCCACUGAUAGUAGUUUUUCUCCAUUCUUUUUGGAGCUUUUUGGAGCUUUUUGAAACUUGCGAACAAUACAUGGACAUUGUACAAAAAUUUAAGUAUGUUUUCAUAUUGUA